CGGGCGGUGGCGGCUCCUCCGGGCGCCUGCAGCCACUCGUCGCUGCGAGAGAGGGGCGGGGUGGCCGGGGCCGUGCUCCCCGGGCCAGCUCGCGGCCCGCCCCGCCGCCCCGUCCCCCCGGAUGAGGGUAUAUAUUCGGAGCGGGCGCGGGACGCCGAGGAGUGGCCGCGCGGAGGGAGCCGGAGCCGGGCGGAACUGCGAUCACGCCGAGGGAGGCUUACGGGUGCGGAGCUUACGCCUCUGUCUUCGCCAGGCUUGGCCGCCCGAGCACUAUGAAUGUCAGCGAGCUCAAAGUCAGGCUGUCCGAAGCCGGACAGGAACACCUGCUCCAGUUCUGGAAUGAGCUGGGUGAAGCCCAGCAGGGAGAACUCUACGCGGAGCUCCAGGCCAUGAACUUUGAGGAGCUCAACUUCUUUUUCCAGAAGGCCAUCGAAGGAUUUAACCAGUCGUCUCAGCAGGAGAAAAUGGAUGCGCGCAUGGAGCCGGUCCCUCGAGAGGUGCUGGGCAGCGCCACCAGGGACCAAGAUCGGCUGCAGGCCUGGGAGAGUGAAGGACUUUUCCAGAUUUCUCAGAACAAAGUGGCAGUUCUCCUUCUGGCUGGCGGGCAGGGGACGAGACUCGGUGUUGCAUAUCCCAAGGGAAUGUAUGAUGUUGGUUUGCCCUCUCAUAAGACGCUCUUUCAGAUUCAAGCAGAGCGCAUCCUGAAGCUUCAGCAGUUAGCUGAAAAAUAUCAUGGCAACAAAUGUAUCAUCCCGUGGUAUAUAAUGACCAGUGGCAGAACAAUGGAAUCGACAAAGGAAUUCUUCACAAAGCACAAGUACUUUGGUUUAAAAAAAGAGAAUGUCAUCUUUUUUCAGCAGGGAAUGCUCCCUGCCAUGAGUUUUGAUGGGAAGAUUAUUUUGGAAGACAAGAACAAGAUUUCCAUGGCACCAGACGGGAAUGGUGGUCUUUAUCGGGCUCUCGCAGCCCAGAAUAUUGUGGAAGACAUGGAGCGACGGGGCAUUUGGAGCAUUCACGUCUACUGUGUCGACAACAUCCUAGUGAAAGUGGCAGACCCCCGGUUCAUUGGCUUCUGUAUCCAGAAAGGAGCAGACUGUGGUGCAAAGGUGGUGGAGAAAACGAACCCUACGGAGCCAGUGGGCGUGGUCUGCAGGGUGGAUGGAGUCUACCAGGUGGUGGAGUACAGCGAGAUCUCUCUGGCCACGGCUCAAAAACGGAGCCCCGACGGGCGACUGCUGUUCAACGCGGGGAACAUUGCCAACCACUUCUUCACUGUACCGUUUCUGAGAGAUGUUGUCAAUAUUUAUGAACCUCAGUUGCAGCACCAUGUGGCUCAGAAGAAGAUUCCGUACGUGGAUUCCCAGGGGCAGUUAAUUAAGCCAGACAAACCAAAUGGAAUAAAGAUGGAAAAAUUCGUCUUUGACAUCUUCCAGUUUGCAAAGAAGUUUGUGGUGUACGAAGUGCUCCGUGAAGAUGAGUUUUCCCCCCUCAAGAACGCGGACAGUCAGAACGGGAAGGACAAUCCUACCACCGCGCGGCACGCCCUGCUGUCCCUCCAUCACUGCUGGGUCCUCAACGCCGGGGGCCACUUCAUCGACGAAAACGGCUCUCGCCUCCCAGCCAUUCCCCGCAGUGCUACACAUGGCAAGUCAGAGACCGCCACGGCUGCUGUCAAUCUCAACUUGAAGGAUGCCAAUGAUGUACCGAUUCAGUGUGAAAUCUCUCCUCUUAUCUCCUAUGCUGGAGAAGGAAUAGAAAGUUAUGUGGCAGAUAAAGAAUUCCAUGCGCCUUUAAUUAUUGAUGAGAACGGAGUCCACGAGCUGGUGAAGAACGGCCUAUGAACUGGAAGCCACAUUCUACCACAAUUUGUGAGGUUUGAGUUCUCCAUCAGAACGAGCUCCGAAUGGACUGUGAGGCCAGAACUGCCCAGUGUUAGCACCUGAAUGGUACGCUUCGUUUCCUUUUUCCUGGACUGUCACCUGCGGUUCCUCUCUCCCCAUUGUUAGGCUCAGGUGGCUAACUCCAGGAAGGGGGGGGAUGGGCAGGGUGGGGGUAGUGGCUUUACUGGAGAGCAGUGGCGGCUGAGGGACACCGGGUCCGGUGAGGGCACAGUGUCUGGGAGCUGCUGAGCGCGACAUUACGCGGUGGCCACAUUGUACAGCUUCAUGAGUCCUUGGUAAAUAAUUGUCCUAAUUCAGAAAAUACAGAAUUGGGUAAAAUGGUUAUAAAAAUAUAAAUUAGAAUCAUUUGGCAACAGUGUGGUAGAAUUUACAUGUGAGUUAAUAUCACUUUGAGAUUUGUUGAAAUCAUCCUUGCAAAUGUGUUAACAGAUGACCAUCGGGGAGAGGGGGGGAAAUGGUG